AUGUCUGCCAUGUGUACAGGCAGGCCUGCCAUGUGGCGACUACCCACAACGCGUCAUGAUGAUUGGGAUUCGCCACCUGUUACCUCUGCCAAGCCGGGUCUGUACACCUCCGUCUCGCCACUUGCGUCGCUCGCCGGAUCUUCCGUACCAUCGCCGGCGACGCUGUCUAGAUCGCCCUUCUUGUCUCAGUCUGUCGCCCUGCGGCUCCAAGGACAGCGGAUAUGGCCCGAAACCGACAGGCACAGUUUGAUAAUACGCCUCUCUGAGCUUUGCGACGAGAUCUUGGAGACCGAGAACAGUGCAUCCGGUGCCGGACAGACAGACGAGGGCUUGGUUAGCAGCCAGCACCUGUCAGCGGAAACCGUGCAGCUUGUCUCGAACCUCUGCGUCUUCAUCCAAGCGUGGUCCCAUGGCCGUUCUGUGCCCGGGGAGACGGCCGCCGACACAUCUGCCGAGGCCGCGCCCCCUAGUGACUCGGUCGACAUGGUGCACCGCCGCCUGGUGGCGUUGGCAAACCUCAACCAGGCGAUCGAGACUGCCAACCCCUUUGCAUUUCUUGGCAUCGCCGCCUUCGCCGUCUUCGAGGUGUGCGACACCGCCUCCUUCGGCGAUUGGCCCUGCCACGUACACGGUGCGCGGGGCCUGCUGGACCGUCACGGUUGUCGCACCAGCGACGAUAUCCUGAGGCUUUCGGCCUCUGUACCGGGCCUGCUCGGUAUCCUGGCACGCCUCGUGUGGUAUGACAUCUCGAGCUGCGUCCUGCGCAACAGCCGCAGCACCGGGAACACCAAACGUCACACCAAGGAUGAGGAGAGAUGCAACCUGAUAUUUGACGACUGGCACAUUGAAGCCGUCAUCGACAACGAUCUCCUUCACAUUAUCGGGUGCCCGGCGCGUGCGAUGGACAUGUACGUAGACGCGUCCAAGGCAGACAGCCGAGACCGUCAGUUGACGAGGAACUGUCUGCGCGCGAUGGAGCAAUUGCUCCAGGUGAAGACAGAGGUCGGUCCACGUGGCUCGGCCCACGCGAGCACCGAGGACAGCAUGCCUAGCAUAUGGGGGGACCUCCACCGCUGCGGGGCCGCGUUGGCUGUACUCGGCCGUGUUGCCGCGGACGAGGACGUGCCCGCCGCCGAUCUAGCUGCCACCAUAGCUGCCGUAGAGGACAAGCUUUGCGAACUGCUAGCGGCAGCGCCGCACUCGUCGCGCUUUUACAUUCACAUGGCCGUUCCGGCCUAUCUUGCGGGGAUGCAUGCAUCUACACCCAAUCACUGCCAUGUUGUGCGCCAGUAUUGGCUCAACUGCAGGCGUGCCGGCAUUUCGAGAUACUCGGGCGGGUUGCUGCGUUGUGAGGAACACUGGCGGCAGAUAGGCCUAUUGGGAGCUGGCCAAGAUAAGAACCGGUAUGCGUGA